UGAAGUAUGAUAUCAUUCUCCUUCUAAUCUAAGAAGAAGACCCAACGGGACUGCGCAAGUGACUACGAUAUUGCAACAUAAUUUAGGAGCUUCGUUUGAUAUCCAAUUAAGACAUAAUGACGAAGAAAGGAAAGAAGAAGAAGCAGCAGCAAGCAGCUGCUUCAAAACAAACUUCUGAUGAGAAAUCCCAAAAACAUGUGCAGCAAGAACAAGAGGAAGAGGAACCAAUAGAAGAAUUACCUAGUACAUCAACGCAACAGAUGACAUCCAAAGGAAAGAAGAAGGAGCAGCAAGCAGCUGCUUCAAAACAGACUUUUGGUGAGAAAUCCCAAGAACAGCAAGAGCAAGAGAAAGAGGAACCAAAAGAAUUACAUAAAAAGAAGGAACGGGAGGUAGUUGCAUCAACCUCAGAACAGUCUUCUGAUAAGGAAUCAGAGCAACAAUGGGAGACAAUGAAAAAGCGGAAGGAAAUUAUAAGACCAAAGCAGCAACAAGCAACUCCAGAUAUAAAACAGCAACAGAAAAUAAUCAAGAGUCAGAAACAAGAAUUAUUGGACCCGCGUCAAAUGAGGUCACAGGACCAAUCACAACAAUUACAAGGAGCUUGGAGUCGCCCACUACAACAGCAGCAGCAGCAACAACAACAACAACAACAACAACCAACACAACAACCACAAAGCGUAUGGGGCCGCCCACAACAACAACAGACACAAAGCACAAGAGGCCACCCACAACCACAGCAACCUCAAAGCGCAUGGGGCCAGCAACAACAACAACCACAACCACCAAGCGCAUGGGUCCGCCCACAACAACAGUCACAAGGAACUUGGGGUCGUCCACUACAACAGCAACAACAACAACAACGACCACAACAACGACCACAACAGCAACAACAACGACCACAACAACAACAACAACGACCACAACAACAGCAACAACAACAACAACGACCACAACAACCACAAAGCGCAUGGGGUCAUCAACAACAACAACAACCACAAAGCGCAUUGGGCCGCUCACAACAAGUAGCACAGAGUCUACCACAACCACAAGUGGCUCCACAAAGAGGUUGGGCACAACAGCAACAACAACGAGAACCAACUCCUCAGCAACAAAAAGUUUUAACUGGUACUGGUGCUGCUGGUGAUUAUCGACAAGUACAGAGAACUGAUAGUGUGCAGCCAUCAACAAGUUCUGCAGGUUUUGAUUUAUCUGCACUUGCUUUAUCAGAUAAAUUCCAUAAAGAAAAGAUGGAAAAGAGUAAAAUGUCAUCUGAACAAAUACAAAUGUAUUAUGACAAGAUACCAAAGAGAAAGAAUUUGAUGAGUGCUGGGCAAAUGGGGCGCAAGAUUACUGUAUUUACAAAUAUGUUCCAAAUUAUAUUUAACGAUAAGUUUGUAACUAAUGCAGUUCAUUAUGAUGUUUCUAUUCGUCCUGUCAAAGAAAAACCCAGCAAAGCAGGGAUAGAAAUCAAACUUCCAGCAACAUUAUGUAGAAAAAUUUUUGAAAAGUGUAGACUUAAACAUUUUGGUAGGAGAUUUCCAGCUUUUGAUGGGAAAAAAAACGUAUAUAGUGCAAAUGAUCUUCCUUUCCCCGAUAAUAUGCGAGAUGUUUUCUCUCUGUCGGUCGGACCUGAUGACAAUAUGAAAAUAAAAGAAUUUGAAAUUACUCUGAAGAAAGUGGCUAAUAUCGAUCUUGGUUGGAUAAAAAAUUUGAGACCUGGUUUUGGAAGUAGAGCUCAAACUGCUUUACAAGUCUUGGAUGUAAUCUUGCGUCAUGGACCGGAAAUGAUGUAUGAUCAUGUUGGAAGAUCACUUUUCUGGGAUAUAGAUAUGAACAAUCUCCUAUCUCCUAGCGUAGCUUUAGGACACGGUGGAUUUCUCUCUGGUUCACUUGGGUGGAAACCCUAUGUAAAUGUAGAUGCUGCUCACAAAGGAUUUACCACAAAUAUAAAUGUACUUGAGUACAUAUGUGGUUAUGUAAACGCCACAGAAAGAAAUAUUACAUACCUACAAAUAAAGAAUAAUCUAACCAAGAUAAUAAGUUUUUUGAGGGGUUUAAAAGUGACUUAUGCAAUACCUAACUUACCAACUUCGAAACGUUCGUAUCGUGUACGCGAUUUAUGUCUCGAUAGUUGUGACUCACAUAAAUUUGCAGUAGGCGAUGUAACUUACACAAUAACGAGAUAUUUUCGGGAAAUAAAGAAAUAUAACAUAAAGAGGACUGAUUUGCCUACUCUUCAUGUAGGCAAUACUUCUAAUGGAGAUAAAGUUUUGGUGCCUCUUGAAUUAUGCAGUAUAAUAGGUGGCCAGGCCAUUAAUAAAAAGCUAAAUGAAAGUGAAACCGCAGCCAUGAUUAAAAAAACAGCAAUGCCUGCAUAUGAGCGUAAAAGAAAAAUAGAAGAAGCGUUCAACAAACUGAAAAUGAACAGUAGUUCUGUCAUGGAAAAAGAGUUCCAUCUAUCUGUGAGUUCACAAAUGCAAAUUGUUGAUGCCAGAGUUUUGCCUCCUCCAGAAUUAAAAUAUGCUUAUGGAUCAACUUCGCAAGUAUCUAAAGGAAUAUGGCGUUGUCAAAAAUUUAAUGAACCCAAAAAUUUGGAGAAAGAGAAGUGGACUAUUAUUGAAUUAACUGGUCACCCAAUUACGCAUGAAAUACAAUAUUUUUUGAAAACAUUGCAGGAAAUUGCAUAUCAAGUUGGUAUGAAGAUUGAACCGCCUAUGCAACCAUUUAAAAGUUUGUCAAAGUUUAACACAAACGAAAUCACAACUUUCUUUAAUAAAUAUUGUAAUUUAAAAUUGGUAAUAGUUGUCAUACCAGAUAAUACAGACCAAAUAUAUGGACUCAUAAAAAAAAUUACCGAAAUUGACGUAGGUGUUUUGACGCAAUGUGUUAAAUUUAAAACUGUGAAAGCAUCUAAUCCUACGACAAUAAGAAAUCUUUUACAAAAAAUAAACUCAAAACUAAAUGGCAUCAAUCAUGUAUUGAAUAGAAUGCCGUCAUGUUUAAGCCAAUGUCAUUUUAUGCUUGUUGGUGCCGAUGUAACUCAUCCGGCCCCUGAUUCUAAAAAUAUACCAUCUAUAGCGGCGGUUGCUACAAGUAGAAAUGAUUCAGCUUUCCAGUAUAAUGUUUCACUGAGACUUCAACCACCUAAAGAAGAAAUGAUUCUAGAUCUUGAAGCAAUAAUAUUAUCACAACUUAACAUCUAUUAUUUGGAAACAAAGUUUUUACCAAAGAGACUCAUCUAUUACCGAGACGGAGUUAGCGAGGGACAACUUCCGCAAGUUAUGUUUUAUGAAAUAAAUGCCAUUAGAAAUGCAAUUAAGAUGUUUAAUAAAGGUAAUAUUGAAAUUACCUGCUUGAUUGUUCAGAAGAGACAUCAUGUGCGACUUUUUCCCACAAAUCCACAAGAAUCAGAUGACAGAAAUCGUAACGUAAGAGCGGGUACAAUUGUCGAUACAACUAUUACUCAUCCAGAUCACAUUGAUUUUUAUCUUGUAUCGCAUGCAAGUAUUCAGGGUACAGCGAGGCCUACAAAAUAUAGAUGCAUAUGCAACGAUUCUCAGUUUAACGAAGAUCAGCUUGAGGAAAUGACUUAUUUUCUUUGCCAUAUGUAUGCCCGUUGUACAAGAUCAGUUAGCUAUCCGGCACCAACUUAUUAUGCUCAUUUAGCAGCUUUUCGCGGAAGAACCUUAUUACAGGGGGUCGAAAGCUUUAAUGUUACUAAUUUAGAAAAUGAACAAAAAAAAUUUAUACUGAAGAUGGGAGAGUCACCGAUGUAUUUUGUUUAAAGAUAAAUAAUUAUAAUUUUAAGGAUUUUUAAGGAUCCCUUUAUAAUCGAAAUAUGUUCACAGUUAAUUUUAUUUUUUUCUCACAAUACUUAUAACUAAAUUCUCUUUAAUGUAUAAAUUAAGUAGGUAUAGUUUCUAUGAUUAAUUAACAAUAAUGUAAUUCAUAGUUUUUCGUAUUUAAAAAUAUAAUACAGGAUUGCCACAAUUCAGGGAAAUGUGAGGGAAUAUUGAAAAUGCGUCAGGGAAGUCAGGAAAAGUCAGGAAUUUAGCACACUUAUCAGGGAAAUUCUAAUAUUUGUAGCUGUACACCGUUCGGCUUUACGCUUUGCCGUCAUCUUUUUUGGCGAUCUUUUUUUUUUGGAAGUUGAUUCCUCAAAAUAAAAA